ACGAAGCUUCCCUUUAUCUUUCCCUCACCUUCUUCUAAUUCUCUCUCAAUUUUCUUCCCCUCUCUCUCUCUCUACAAUUUUCAGCCAUGGUCAAAGCCGGGACUCUCACCAAGCUCAAGUCGGCCAUUAAGAGAUGGCCCUCGAUCACCAAGCUCGGUCGGAGCUCAAGCUCUGUAUCGGUUGCCGCCGUGAGCGAUGGUGGGAAUGUUGGUGAUAACACCAACUCCAAGGAGCUUCGGACAGUCUAUGUUGGUAAGUCACGGCGACCAUAUUUUGUCAGCUUAGAUGUUGUAACGCAUCCUCUAUUUCAAGAGUUGGUUGAUAAGUCAUCAUCGUUUGACGAGGAUGGGGAGUUGGUGGUUUCUUGUGAGGUUGUUAUGUUUGAGCAUUUGUUGUGGAUGUUGGAGAAUGCGGCGACGCAGUUGGGGUCGACGGAGGAACUUGUCGAAUUCUACACUUGUUGACUUGCAAAGAAUUCAACAAAUGAACGACGACGACCGCAACGACGGCAAACGAACAUGCAUAAUACAAAGUCUAAUAAUUUAAUUAAGCUAAGGUGUAAAGAUGUUGGUAGCUAAUGUUUGUUGAGAGAAGUUGGUCGUUGAUGGGAAUGUGUAAUUUUUUUUUUUUUCAUUUUGUGUUAAUUAAUUAAUCAUGAUUAAUUAAACAAUAUAAUUAAAGAUUA